UCAAUUUCUUGUAUACCCGCCAGACAGGCCUGUAACGGCGAUGGACACGCCCAGAGGGCUGAUUCAUAUGAACGUAGCCCCUCAAGGCUGGACGAAUGCAGUAGCAAUGGUGCAAAGGCAUAUGAUUAGGACCAUGCAGACAGUUAGUCCACACAUCACCCAGCCCUAUCUUGACGACUUGACGGUCAAAGGUCCAAAGGAGAAGGAGGAAGAUGAAGUGAUGCCUGGAGUGAGGCGCUUCGUUUGGAAACAUAUCCAGGACACCGAUCAGGUUCUGAGUUUAUUGGAGGAACACAACCUGAUGGCAAGCGGCCCCAAGUUGAAACAUUGUAUGAGGGAGGCCACGAUUUUAGGCUUUGUAUGUAAUGAGAGUGGGCGAAGGCCUAAUGUAAAGAAGACAGACAAGAUUAUUGAGUGGCCAGUGCCCUUCCGCUCAAUAACGGAUGUGAGGAGUUUCCUUAGGGCUUGUGGCUUCUGGAGGAGCUUCGUGAAGGAUUUUGCCUCAAAGAUGGAGCAUUUAAGAAAGUUGGUGCGUCAGGACAAGGAAUGGGUCUGGGGCGAAGACCAGGAAGAGGCGGUAGACAAGAUGAAGGGAGAGUUUAAGGAAGGAGGUUUGGUGCUGGGAGGGCCAAACUAUGAGGCCACAGAGGAAAAACCAUUCGUUAUUGAGGCAGACGUUGGGCCAACUGCCUUGGGAGGAGUCCUGAUUCAGGCAGAUACUGAAGGGAAGGAGAGGCCGCUAAGUUGCGUCAGUCACCACAUAUGGCUCGCGCCAAAGGGGUACGAGCAAAAGGAGGAGUUGGUCCUCAAGCCUUUUCAGGAGGAGGAUCCGUGGGGAAGCAAGGAUGUCGGUUGCAUGAUGAAGUUGGCAUUGGCAGGUACACAUAGUCUGGUGGAGGAAGUGAGGACAAUAGAGGAAGGCCCAACUCAGGUAGAGGAGCAUGAGCAGUUAAUGGGAGGGAUGUAUCUGCUCACUAAUACGCUACUGCAAGGAGGUUUUGACCGGGGGCGCUCAUUCGACCCUAUGGAAAGUGAAAUCCUUGUUCCUGAAAGUCAAGAGGAUGAGUUCGAGGAUGGAGAGAUCAGGGAGGCUUUUCGCGCGGAAGAAUAUGAUGGGAUCUACUGGGAGUUGGGGUUACUCCUGUCCUGCGAGAUGAGGGAUAGAGACGCAAGUGCUAAAGCGCAGAAGAUGAGGCACCUCUACCGCAAAGGCCAGGAGAGGUCAGCGCAAAGGCCAGGAGAGCCCCUGCACUCGAGGUUGGAGAGGGAAGUGGAUGCGGUCGUACACCUGGACCUGUUGUUCAUGCCAUGUAGGGAGAAUGAGUGUAAUUACAUCUUCGAUGCACGGGAUAACGUUACUGGGUUUGUGGACGGUCGGGCUAUCCGGACAAAGACUGGCCCAGUUCUGGCAAACUGCAUGGAAGAGUAUUACCUGCGCUAUCCCUUCGUCAAAGAGUUUGUGAUGGACCGAGGGUCGGAGUUCACCAGCAAUGAGGUGCGAACCUUGCUUGCAGGGUAUGGCGUAGUGGCUAACUAUACUACGGCCGCGCAUCCUCAAGUGAACGCACCUGUGGAGAGGGGGCACAGUACCAUCAAAAACCUCUUGGCUAAGUGGACGGAGGGCAAGCCUGAUCAGUGGCCAAAGUUCCUGCGAGUGGCUUUCUUUGUAGAAAAUGUCACGGUGAAGAGGACUACCAAGUACGCACCAGCCACACUAUGGUACGGAAGGCAUGCCACAUUUCUCAUAGAGAGUUUCAUGAAGACGUGGAGGCGUCAUGACUUGGAAGUGAACCUGUCCUUUGAAGAGCUGCUCGAUAUUCGGGCGCGGCAAGUGGGAGCUGCUGAGGAAAGGUUGCGAGAGGCCGCUGUUCAGGUGGAGAGGAGCCGCAUAGAAGACAAGAUGAGAUGGGACCAGAUGGCACGCGCUGAGACGGAGGCGGCAGGGAUAGUGCCGACACCGCCAAUCGAUCCCAAAACAAGUGAGCAGAGGAUCAACGAAUUGUGGGCCAGGUAUGAAGGCCAAAGAGAUGCAGCCCGCCAAAGAUCGCAGGGGACGGGACAGGCGGACGAGAAGGUGGAUGAGUUGAGGGAGGCAGGGGACUUGGGGUUCUCUGCCACUAGGAUGGCAGUCGAUCGUGUGGAUAGGAGGAUACGUGAGGUGACAGUUACAUCCUUCGAUCGAUGUAGUCUACUCAGUGAUGAGUUGGCGACCAGAAAACUGGAGGUGGAGCACCUGACUACUCAGGUCGCAAAGGAGAGGCCGAGGAGCCAGGCGAGAGAGAUUGAGUGGGAGAGAAGGUUUGGGGAACUGACAGCUAUUGUAGAUAGGCUUUUGGCGGCCGGGGUGGCCGAACAGACCGUGCGGGCUGGCGUUGAUGGCCAAGACCGGGGGACGCAGGUUUCGCCUAGUCAGGAAACGGCGGCAGAGUCCCCUCGACAAAGGAGGCCGACGGAGGGAGUGUCACUGGACUUGGCCGAGGGAGAGGCAACACGGAGGAUUGAGGGGGAGGCUGUUGGGGCCGGAGCUUCUGUUGAGAUAACUAUGCAGCCUAGGGUAUCUUCAUCCCAUGAGGCCCGCGUCGAGGGGCUGGUCCAGGGACCCCCGUAUCCGUCCGCAGAGGAGAGUGGCGCACAGGAGUCGCUCAUGGCUAUGUCUACGAAGAGAAGAGGCUCGCGUCUGCAUGAGCUGGUGGCAGUCAUGGGGAUAGGUACACCGCAGGAGAGGCCUCAGAUACUUGAUACUCCAGAGGACGAGAUGGUGGCUGCAACAGAGAGGCCACGCGAGGAGAGGCUCCCAGAGUUGGACACGCCAGAGUACGGGCCGGUAAGUGCAGCCGUACGAGGGGGUGAGGGCACUGAGGCUGUGGAGCUCGGAUCUCAGGGCCGUAUAGGAUUGCCUUUGUGUCAUGAGGUGACUGCCAAGGCUAUGGGGACGCCUUCAGCAUCGAGUUUCCGGGCAAGGAAGAAGAAAAUUGCGAGGUGGUUUGACGCCUCCUGUUUCUGGUGUAAGAAGGAGGGGCACAGAGCCUUGGACUGCCCGGAACUCCUCGAGGACAGGGCCGAAGGACGCGUUGCGGAGAUUGAUGGCAAGUUCUACGAUAAGCAGGGUAGGAUAUGGCCACCUCUUCCAUUCCCCGAGGACGCAGUGCCGCCGCUGGUUUCUCCCACCGCCCCUUCUGGAGCGGUCGCAUCGCCCAAUUCUGGGGCUCCGGCCAUUCGAGUCACGGUACAGCGUCCUGCAACAACAGUUGCAACACGACCGGCAGCCCCGCCGUCCGCGCCGCUGGCUGGGACACGAGGUUCUCGCGAUGUGGGAGUUGGUCGUUCCACGCCAGCCAACGAGCCCCCGCCUCUGAGGGAUGGUGUGGGCUCUGCGGCAUUUGACGAGGAGAGCACACGUGCAUUUAUUGAGAGUCGCAGGUGGGGGGGGAGUGCCAGCAGUUCAGCGUCCGCGCUCGCCUCUGUUUUCAGGAGUGCUAGGCAGUCAGAUGUCGCACGGGGUGGUACUGCGGUGGCACCUGGCGCAUCACCCCGCAGUUCGCCGGAGCACCCCUGGCUGCCACCGCCACCGUCGAGAGCGGCGCAGCGUCCAGUGGUCCACCACGCUCACGGAACCGCCCACCCGGAUCCGUCACACGCACCUGCAGAUGCUCGACAUUCGGCUUCCGUGCCUCGUUUCGGUGAACAGGUGGAUCAUGGGGUGCCUGCCGCGGAGGUCCCCCCUCCGGUGUCCGAUUCAUCGCCGACCCCUGUUCCGACAACCACGGGCGGUGGUCGGUCUGCCCCACAGCCUCCACCCGUGUUGGCCGGAAUGUUAGACCCUUUGCAGGGCAUUCGUGACCUUGCAGUCGCCCUGAGCACGGCACCUGUGAGCCCUGGCGGGUUGUUGGAUGCUGGGGUCCUCGGCGGGAGAGCUACGACGGGACGAUGUCGGGGCACUUACAGGCAGCAAGCUGUCACGUCGUAUUAUUCGGACCCUUUGAAGCGCGCAUGGCAUCUGCAAAUCAUGCGGUUCAUCGUCGAGAGCGGGAUGUCGUUCAACAGCACGAAGCUUGAAAGCUUCAAACAGAUCGGGGCGGUGUAUCUGUCCAUCGACGUCAUGCGCGGCAAAAAGGACGCCAGUGUCCUCACGAACGCAUGGUUGAAAAGGGUGAAGUCCAUGGACGUUCAAUUGAGCGACAUCACGGCGUUCGUGACGGACUCCGCCGGGGUGAACGUCGCGACGAUGGAGGUAUUCCAAAAAUAUGAGAGCGUGAAACACAUCUUUUGGAUUUCUUGCGUCGCCCACAUCAUGGAUCUCAUUCUCGAGGACAUCAGCGGGAUUGAUUGGGUGGCUUCCCGCAUUUCUCAAGCGAGGCUGGUUACAAGGUUGGAGGUUCCCCGGGCUGAGAAGCUUGUGCGGUGCCACUGGAACCUCAGGCUUCUCGAUCGACCUUCGUUGUGCGACGAUGGUGUUGGAGAGAGGCCCGGCGUCUUCGGGAAAUGGGUGCAUUAUUGGCAGGCCGUGGAGGACGAGGCAGCCGUGGACCAACAACUCAUCAGAGGCACCGGUGCGCUGGCGAAGGUGACCGAGGAGGAGUUGAGCCUCGCCAGAGAGAGGAUCCGCGUCAUUUCCCGCAUGGGAGCCGAGCGUCGGGUGGCGGAGUUGGACAGGAGGCGACGCAGGGCCGAUGGUCGGGGACAUGUCGGCCAUGGACGAGCAGGUGUCAGAGGACGUACACGUGGCGAUGCGGGUUUCGCUCCUCGGACUCGGCGACAGCGGACGGAUAGUGGCAUUCGCAGGGCCCGCAUGCGUUGGGACGAGGGUAACUUCUUGUUCGACAACACAUCCAGCGACGACGACGAUUUCUUUGCAUUGGGAACACGUGCAUCCACGGGCGAUGAUAGAGGUGACGCUGACGACAGAGGCGAUAACAGAGGCGACGGUGACGACAGAGGUGAUGGCGCAGGGCCCGGGGGAGGGGGAGGGGGAGGUGGAGGUGAUGGAGCAGGGCCCGCGGGCGUUGGGACGAGGCGGUUGAGACACGGGGGUAGGCGGGAUGACAGUAUUGCGUCUCGUGUACGCAGACGUCGUGUCCACAUUGCGAUCGACACGGGGGCACGUAACAUGCGGCAGGACGCGGUUGCCGUGUCAGAGGACGAGAUGGGAGAUCCUUCCAACGAGACGCAGCGCGACCUGGUUCAUACAGAGGAGCUAGCCUCGAACACUGAUGUGAUAGUGACGGAGGAGGAUACAGGGUUCAGGAUCACUCAUCCCCGGUCGCCAGCGCCGGUUGGGUUGGCGGAGGAGGUAGCACAGAACCGUCGUGGUGGACCUCACGUCGCAGCUCAACGUAGUCUGGAAUGUUCACUAGAGCCAGCGUCUGGAGAUUUUUUGGCGCAGGGGGGUUAUGGUUCGCAGUUGUUAUCGGACGGCUUAUCAUCAGUCCAUCCACCAGAGGAGGGCCCGCAGCGAGAGCCACAUCGAGGCCCAGCGGAGACUUUAGAGGCGAGGCCUCCCGGAGUUAUCCGCUCGGACGGAGGCGAGGGCGUGAGCGAGGAUACAGCGCAGCCAGGGAGCGCAGAUGGUGGACGGUCCUUCAGGGGAGGCAUCGAGCGCAGAGGGUUAUCGACCGCACACCCCAGCAUUGUCAGGCCCAGCACACAAGACGUUGGAGACGGGCACAAAGAUGAGCCUCGACCGCAUUUGACGGGGAUGAGUGACAUCAUGUGUCCACCACCCUCACUCCCCUCUGCCGCUGAUCCUGCCGCCCACGGGCAGGCCGAGCCGAGCGCAUUGCCUACGAGGUCUUUCUACGACGGUGCGGGCAUGGACCGGAGGGCGGGCGAUAUCGGACAGACAUUGGCAUAUGGACCGGCAGAUGUGCCCGCGGGGGUGCGAUCGAUCGGCAACUUCGAUGGCACUUGUCAUGAUUCCAUGAAAGUUUACGAGGAGCAGCAUGGGAGGCCUAUACUGGCCAAUACGACCGAUGUCAACGACACCAGGACGGCAACUGCGAGGCUGUCAUGGGCGAGGAAGAAGGGAACAAGUGUGUCGAUUCCGUAUCACCGGCGUCGCGUGCAUCCUUUUUUCCGCAACAGGGACGAGACCAGACAGAUGCCAGCUGCUGCAGAUGGACAGGGGGGGCGGAGGGAGGUGACAGAGUGGACGAAGCAGGUCGAGGUGAGAAGAGACGAGGCGGAACGAUCAUCCUCCACGACGACAGCUCCACAGCCGCUGAGGGCGGUAAGACCACAGGCGCCGACGAUCCUGAUGACUCCGAUUACGUCCCGAGGAUCCGUACGGCGGACGGAGAUGACGGCGGAGGUCGUCGCGUGAGGAUGAGGACUGGACCUGGCCCGGAUGGUCAUUGCACCCCAUCG